UCGAAGUUUUGUUUACAUAUUUUAUUUUGAUUUUUGUUUAAUGCAAAAUUGCAACUUUGGAUGCGAAUUAGCUGGCGCAGAAUGCUGAGACACUGCCUCGCCAACGUGGACUACGUCCGCCUGCACGCCCAGCAGCAGUUGCGUCCGAAAUGCGGCGAGAUCUUCUACGAACAGGAGGCCGAUAGCUUCCAACUAAUUUGCCUGCUCUGCGAGAUGAAGCACUUUGGGUUCGAGGACUUCGCCCGCCACAUUCGCAACGUCCACUUCGACCAGGAGGGCAGGCCACUGACCCAGACGGUCACGGGAUCGAGAACAGGAACUGAAGAUUCUGCUCAGGACAAAGCAUCGCCUCUGCUGGUGGUGGCCAGCCUCAAGGAGGAGUUCCUGGCCAAGGAGGAUAUCAUUGAUAUGGAUACCCAGGCAGAACUGGAACUGGAGCAGGAUCAGGAGGAUGGAAAUCCAUUGCGUAUCAUGGCGCUUGAGGAUAAAUACUCCGAGGAUGAGGAGGCCAUCGAUACAAAGUGGCAGCCAGAUCCUGGCAGUUCCUCCGACUCCGACCACGGAGGUUGCGACCUGGAGGCCCUGAUGGGCGUCGAAAAUCCACAGGAUAACCAACAGGAUGACGACGAGGACCAGCAGUCCGUUUUUAAGAAGCAGCGCCAGCCGAAGGACUACAACUGUACGCACUGUGAUCGCAAGUACACCACCCAGAAAUACCUAAACACGCACCUGAAGAUGAGCCACCCGCACCCGCAGGCGUUCAAGUGCGGCGACUGCGAGGCCACCUUCGAUGUGGACCGUGCGUUGGCCCAGCAUCGUCGCAAGGAGCACACCGAGUUCGCCUGCCAGCUGUGCGCCAAGGUGUUCAAGAGCUCGCGCUCCCUGCUCCGCCACGUGCAGGGUCACUCCGGCGCACGGACCUACAAGUGCGAGCACGAGAACUGUGGCAAGUCGUUCGUCAAUCAGCACAACCUCACCUCGCAUCGACGGGUUCACAACGAGGAGCGGAACUAUGUGUGCGAGCUGUGCGGCUAUAGAUCCCGCUACCGGGAGGCGUUGAUCGUCCACCGGCGCACCCACACGGGUGAGAAACCCUUCCAGUGCCAGACCUGUGCCCGCAGCUUUGCCUCCAAGUCGCUGCUCAACGAGCACCAGGCGAUGCACUCCACCGAGAAGCCCUACAAGUGUGACAAAUGUGAUUCGGCCUUCUCCCGCCCGAAGGCCCUGUACCACCACAAGCAUCUGCAUUUGGGCAUCAAGAAGUUCAAGUGUAAGAUCUGCGGCAAUGCCUAUGCUCAGGCGGCGGGUCUGUCCGCUCACAUGCGGGCGCACAAGCUCCAGGCGGCGGCCAAUGCGACGGAGGGUGUCGAGGCGGAACCCAUCGAGAUGCUGUUCACCUACUGACCGAAUUGGGGAUAGCUUAACGAGAACAUUUGUAUUUCUAAAGACAUUAUUUUCACAUAACAUCUACGAUGCAUCACACAACUACGUCCAUAGUUUACUUGUUCGUUGUACAAGUUAUUUUAGUUCAGGUUACACUAUCACUAAACACUUUUUCACAUAUCUGCCAUAGUUUUAAACAAGCGUAUAUUAUUAGAAAAGGUAUUUUCCAAAUAGUAUUAUAUUUGUUUUUAAAAUAGUUAACCUUUGUUGAUGUCAUUACCAUUAUUUCAAUAUGAGUGUUCUCAGAGCAAAAGGUAUUCAACGAAUGUUUUGAGUUACUAUUAUGAAUAUAUAUAUUAUAUUUUAAUAGUUAAAAUAUUGAGUAAGUCAAAGAUUAAUACAAGAUAGGUAACUCUGUCUAAAUUUAAAUGAAAAUUGCUAACCAUUUCUGUUCUAGCUAGCAAUCGAGGCAAUGUGUAAAUACUGUUAAAUCUGUUCAUAAUUAAGCUAGUUUUAAGCAAAAAGUAUUCUUCCUUGUGGACCAAAAGGAACCCGUUUUGCACAAAACCUAGUACAAUAAACUUCCUUACAUCUUA